GUUAUAAGGUAACAUACAAAUGGGAAGCCUUAUUUUCAUCAUACUUUCUGGUAACCUUUUGGCCAUAACUGGUGACUCAAGCUUAUCAUGGAUAUCCCCGAUGUACUUAAGGUUAAAAUCGACCGAUCCAAACAUCAACCCAUUGGGCAGACCCAUCACACGUGACGAAGAUGGUUGGCUGGGUUCGUUGGUCAACAUUGGCGCCAUGGUUAGUCCACUUUUGUUCGGAUUCAUUUGCUCGAAGUAUGGCAGACGAAUAUCCCUACUAACAAUUUCAGUACCAGCUUUAGCAGCGUAUGUUAUAUUGGCAUUUGCUGGCGAUAUUAAUUCGUACUACGUUGCCAGACUUCUGCAGGGGUUAACUCUUGGUGGGGAGUACGCAGUGUUGCCGAUGUAUGUCGCUGAAAUAACCGAGGAUCACAAUAGGGGCAAGAUGGCGGCUUCAUUGAACGUUUUUUGGACUUUGGGGACUUUGCUACCCUACACCACAGGGCCGUUUUUGGACGUGGUGACAUAUAAUAUUUUUCUGGCGAGUUUUCCGUUGAUGUUUUUCGUUAGUUUUGUCAUUUUGGCACCCGAAUCGCCCUACUUUUUGGUUGGGGUUAAUAGAGACGACGAAGCUCAAAGGUCUUUGAUGAAGCUGAGAGAUAUUACAGAUGAUAAAGCUAAAAAAGAAAUAGAAAAUAUAAAGUAUAUAAUAAGUAAUGAAGAAAAGGGUACAGUAUUGGAUCUAGUUAAAACUGCCUCGCUGAGUAAAACUUUGGCAAUAUCUAUGGUACUAAUCAUGGUACAACAAAUGACAGGCUACAAAGCGUUCUUGGCAUAUCUUGAAUUCAUCUUCAGCUCUACAGGCAGCAAUAUACCAGGAGAAAUAUCAUCCAUUAUAUUCGGAUUAAUGCUAUUUCUGUCUAGUUUCAUAGCACCGCUCGUUGCAGAUAAACUAGGCCGAAAAUUCCUACUGAUAACUUCCUUCACCGGGCUCACAAUCUCACUGCUAACAAUGGGCAUCUUCUUCUACCUUCUAAACCACACCGCAAUCGAUACAAAGGCCUUCGACUGGCUUCCUUUACUUUGCAUGGCCUUUUUCACUAUUUUCUACAACAUGAGCACCAUAGUUUGGACUGUUAUAGCCGAACUAUUCCCGAACAACGUUCGUGCUCCAGCUUCCUCGAUAGCUUCUUCAUUUUGCGCCCUAGUCGGGUUUGUUCUAUCGAAAUGUUUUAACGACGCGAUGGAUAUUUUGGGCAUACAUGGUUUGUUCUGGAUUUUUGGUUUCAUAAGUUUAUUUGGGGCUAUUUUUACAUUCUUUAUAGUACCUGAAACGAAAGGGAAGAGUUUUAGUGAAAUACAGGAUAUGUUGAAGAAAACAAGAAAAAGUAUAUAAAAUAAUAUUACAUUUAUUACGUUAAAAGUGGC